AUGGCAUGUGCACUAGCCAAUGGAGAGCACGCUGAGGUGAUCCCUGUUAAACUCUUCAUUACCACUUAUGCUGAGGAUUUCUUUUCCGAACGAGAACUGCUUCGGAAAGAGAUCCAGCCAGAACUUGAAACCUGGGGUAAUAUCAAUAAUGUGAAAUUAGAAGUCCACCAUGUCAAGUGGGGCAGCAAACACCCUGAUAAGCGUACUCCAUCUGAAUUACAAGGGGUUCAAUCCAAGAUUGAAGAUUGCUAUUACAAUAAUGUCAUGCCUCUAUUCCUUAAUUUUACAAGUGAAUCUCUUGGAUGGGUACCUACCUGGGGUGACUACCAUGAUCGGUUCAUUGAGAGUUAUCUGAAAACCUAUGGAUUGACCUCUCUAGAUUUAGAGGUUAUGUAUGGUGCAUAUCGGGAAGAUAACCUUAACUCUUUGUUCUUGUAUCGCUGUGAUGAUUUUUUAGACUCGUUACCACACGAAGAGAAGAGUGCAUUUCCACAGAAAAUGUCAAAAUCAGAUCAACUUGCUUCAGAAUCUGGUAACAAGAUACAUCAAAGAUUCCCUCCUGACAGAAUAAUCAAGUACAAACCUGUAUAUAAAGGAUUGACAGGAAAGAGAAAAAGACCGAAGUUGCAUUUCAAUGAUAGUUUGAAAGAAUUGAUUGUAGAGUUUGUGAAGAUGAGAGUUCUGCAAGAUUACCUUGGCCAGCCGUGUCACAAGGGAGCUUAUUAUGACCGAAUGACCAGACAAUUGCAUGAAAGUUUCAUGUACAAAAAGAGUGAACGUGUGAUGGGUCGAGAAGCUAUUGUAAAUAAGAUUGAAGAGUAUGUUGUGAAAGAAGAAAGAGAUGUCCCUUUGAUUUUAGUGGGUGGUGCUGGGUGUGGAAAAUCUUCAGUCCUUUGUCGAGCCGCUGCUGUUAUCAGUGCUAAGGCUUCCAAUGAUCUGAAAAGUGCUUGCGGUAGAAAAUGGCAUGUCUAUUACCAUUUUGUAGGAGCCGUUCCAGGCUCAACCACAGUCGAAGUGAUGCUGAAAAGAUUGUUACGUGAAAUGGAUGUGGCGAAUGAUUCAAACAUGCCAAAAGAUUUAGAUGCCACCGCCCAGAUGUGUUGUAGUAUGCUGUCCAAUCCAAAUACACGACCUUUAAUUAUGUUUGUUGAUGCUCUUAAUCAGUUUGUUGAUGACCAAGCUGCCCGAGUGCUGAGUUGGUUACCUAGGAAGUUAGCCCCACAAGUCCGAAUCAUUUUCUCAUCCAUAGAGAAUUCUCAGCAACAUGAAACUUUGUUGAAACGAGAGACGAAACCAAUUGAAAUUAACAUUGCACCUCUUGACGUAGAAUCACGAAAGGACAUGGUGAAGAAUUUGUUAAAAGCUGAUGCCAAUGUUACAUUGUCCGAUAACCAACUGUCCGAUUUAAUGAACACUGAAUCAUCUGAGAAUCCGUUGUGGUUAUCUGUUGCCUGUGAAGAAUUGAAGCACGUUGAUCCAAUGGAAAUUGACCAAAAGAUCAAAGAGCUUCCAGAUGGACUUCUCAACCUCCUUGAACGUGUCCUUUCAAGGUUUGAGCGGACUCCAUCUGGAAACUUGGUCACUGCUACACUUUGUCUUCUUGAGGCAUCAUCAGCUGGUCUCUUGGAAUCGGAAAUGCGUCAAAUCUUAGGCAAUAAAUCAACUCUGAUGCCUCCUUCACCUUUUGAUGAAAAAGAAGAGAAGGAGAGUUCUGAAAAGGAGAGUAAUAAACAAUGUCAGCAUCUUCCUGAAGAAGAAUGGCAGUCCGUCUACAAUAUCCUGAAGCCAUUUCUAAGACCCUAUGGAGACAGCAAAGAAGGCAGAAUUGACUUCUACCACAGGGCAGUAAGCAAAGCUGUGAGAAAAUUAUAUUUCGAACCAGGAGAGAAUGAGCUAGACAAGGGACAUUCUUAUUACUGGUGGCAUAAAAAACUUGCUGAUUUUUUUGAAGUUACACCCAACAUAGAUCGAAUGAUUGAAGAAUAUCCAUAUCAGUUAGUAUGCCUUGAUGAUACGUAUCGAUUGUCAAAAUGUCUCUGUGAUUGGCGCCUGUUUGAUGCCCUUUAUCAUGAAGAAUAUAGUUCCACAUUAUUAUCACUUUGGAGAAAGGUUGGUCCAGCAAAUGUGAUGGUAGGCUAUUAUGAAAAAGCUCUGAGUGGAUUUGAAGAAAGCGAAAAUGUCAUGGAAGAGUUGGUGUCUAUUCGAUAUGAAAAAGUUUGCCGUGUUGUGAUUCAAGCAGGUAAAAAUCAUGAAGCACUGGAACUUUUGAAGACUGCUAUGAAGAUUGAAGAGAAAGAGCUGGGAGCACGUAACCAUCGAAUGGUAGAACUUUAUGCCCUCAUGGCAGAAAUAUACGAUGAAAAACUGAAGCUGAAUGACUUUGUGUCUCCCAGCCAACUACCCGAUUUAAGAAAAGCAAUAUCUUAUGGAAAGAAAGCCAUUGCUUUGCGGAAAAAACUUAGUGGACGUUAUCAUAAGUUUAAACUCGGAAUGAGUUUGAUGAAAUUGGCUUUCAACAUGGAAAGCUGGGAAGCCUGUGGGGGCAGCUCUGAAAUGUCAGGCAAUGAAGCAUUAGCUGAAGGGAACCGUUGCAUUGAUAUGGCAUUGAAGAUUUUCCAAGAGUUGAAUGACAUUGGACAUUAUGCUGAAGCACUGAUGACUAAAGGUGUGCUCGCUCCCAGAGGCAGCAUGGAACAAUUGAAGUUGUACAACCAAGCCAUGGAUUUGUGUAUGCAGAUGUAUGGAGAAUACCACAUUUUGACUUCACGACUUUACAUCAAUAUUGGAAUUGUCUAUGAGGACAACAAAGAAUACCGGAAAGCCUACGAAUAUUUCAAAAAGUGGGCACGUGUCAGCGAGGAAAUCCUCGGCCCAGACCACCCCAAAACGCGUCGGGCCAAGGGCGUGCUGCAAGAGACACGAUACCGGCGGAUAGCUCAGGAGUUGGAUGAAUGGGACUAUGAACGACUGGACAAUGAUGAUGGAGACAUUCUGGACGAUGAUGACGAUGAUGAUGAUGAAGCUGAAAAUCCAGAUUUUGAGCAUUACUAUGAUGAUGCAAUUACUCACUUGACGGAACAUCGUGGUGGUAGUACGUACAAUGGGAAUGUAUUGGACAAUAAUCGUGUCAGUAUGGUGGAAAGUGUAGAAGGUCUCAAUCAGGAGAAUCAGGCUGGAAACUUUGAAAGCAAUUCAGAUGAUGAUGAUGACAAUGAUGAAGAAGACUUUGAAAGUCCCGUCAAUAAUGGAUUUGUCAAUCGACUUGUGCCCCAGCCAGAGUAUCCGUCGGAUCUGGAGGAGUCGGAUCGGGAACAUUCAGACAAUGAAAACUUUUUUGAUGACAAUUGUGAGGAUUAUGAUGAGCAGUACACAUUGCUUGUUGAUCACAUUCCGGCUAUAGAGGAUUUCAAUGUCCACCCCCAUGACGAGGACAAUGAUUAUGAUAUCGUCAACCUGGCAGCUGUAGACUAUUUGGAUGACAAUAGAUAUGCUGAUGACACUGAUCAGGACACUGAUGUUAAUGAUAGUGAUAAUGUUUUCUCAGAAGGGUCCUCAUCAAAUAACCCCAGAGAUAGCUUGAGAGUUUUUCUCUCUUUCUUUUCUCUUCUCUUUCUCUUUCUUUUCUCUUUCUCUUUCUUUUCUCUUUCUCUUUCUUUUCUCUUCUCUUUCUUUUCUCUUCUCUUUCUCUUCUCUUUCUUUUUUUCCUUUUUUCUUUUCUUUCCUUUUUAA